AUUUGUCAAUGUCAUUUCAUAUCUGCAGAAAAUUCAUACGUUCUAUGGAAGUAUGUAUGUGUGUGAGUGUGCUGAAGGUCACAUGACUAUUUCAUCCUAUUUGGUGGAGCAGCUUGACUUUUUUCCCUUGCUUUUGGUGAUGGUUGUGAGUGCAGAAGUUGAUUGACAGAUGCAUGCCAGAAACCCCCAUUCUCCUUUUCAAAGACUACAUAUGAUGGAUUGCGAUCUUUCAGCUCAGCAGGACACAGGGACCAUGCAAGCUGUAAUUGGUCAGGAUCCAAUGAUAGCUGGACAAGUCAGUAAGCCCUUGCUGUCACUGCGGAGUGAAAUGAAUGCAGAGUUGAGAGGUGAGGACAAGGCAGCUACUUCAGACAACGAGCUGAAUGAGCCCUUGCUUGCGCCUGUGGAAUCAAAUGACAGCGAGGACACUCCCAGCAAGCUCUUCGAGGCCAGAGGAAACACAGUGCUGCCUGAUACAAGCCCAGCAGACCAGUACCAACCCAGUCAGUCCCAUCCUGCAUUCCCUGUUGGGCCACAGCCACUACUGACAGCCCAACAGUUAGCCUCAGCAGUAGCAGGGGUGAUGCCAGGAGGCACUCCAGCCCUGAAUCAGCCAAUCCUUAUUCCUUUCAACAUGGCUGGGCAGCUGGGGGGCCAACAAGGACUCGUCCUAACUCUACCUACAGCAAAUCUCACCAACAUCCAAGGACUGGUAGCAGCAGCUGCAGCAGGAGGCAUCAUGACUUUGCCAUUGCAAAAUCUACAAGCUACCUCAUCCCUGAACUCCCAGCUUCAACAGCUUCAGCAUCUUCAGCAGCUCCAGCAUCAACAGCAGCAGCAGCAGCAAAGCCAGCAGCAGCAGCAGCAAGCUCAGCAGGCACAGACUCCACAGCCAACCCAGCAGACCCAGCAAUCACAGCCACAGCCAUCAGCACCACCACAGCAGAGCCAAACACAGUCCCAGAGCCAGAGCCAACCACCUCCAGCCCCACAGUCCUCCAGCUCCCCUCAGAAACCCAGCCAGUCACCAGGUCACGGCCUUCCAUCUCCUCUUACUUCACCAAAUCCAUUGCAGCUGGUUAAUAAUCCACUAGCAAGUCAAGCAGCAGCAGCUGCAGCAGCAGCAGCCAUGGGUUCAAUAGCAAACUCCCAGGCCUUUGGAAACGCCCUCUCCAGUCUUCAGGGGGUCACAGGCCAACUUGUCACUAAUGCACAAGGACAGAUUAUUGGAACAAUCCCACUGAUGCCUAAUCCAGUCCCGUCCAGCCAGGCGGCAGGUGGAGCUCAGGGACUUCAGGUGCAGCCGAUAACUCCACAGUUAUUGACCAAUGCCCAGGGUCAGAUCAUCGCCACUGUCAUCGGCAACCAGAUACUCCCAGUGAUCAAUACCCAGGGAAUAACACUAUCGCCGCUCAAACCAGGCCAGCAGCUCCAUCAGCCCUCCCAGACGCAAGUGGGACAAGCAGCCUCACAAUCCAAUCUCCUGCAUUUGGCUCACAGUCAAGCAUCUAUGUCUCAAAGCCCAGUGCGUCAGGCUUCCUCUUCUUCCUCCUCAUCCUCCUCCUCUUCAGCUUUGAGUGUUGGCCAGUUAGUCAGCAAUCCUCAGACAGCCACUGGAGAGGUGGAUGGGGUAAAUCUGGAAGAAAUACGAGAAUUUGCCAAAGCUUUUAAAAUCCGGCGCCUGUCCCUUGGCCUGACACAGACUCAAGUUGGCCAAGCCUUAAGCGCCACCGAAGGCCCAGCCUAUAGCCAGUCUGCCAUCUGCAGACACACCAUCCUGAGAAGCCACUUUUUCCUACCACAGGAAGCCCAAGAGAACACUAUAGCUAGCAGUCUGACAGCCAAACUGAACCCUGGCCUUUUGUAUCCUGCCAGGUUUGAAAAGCUGGACAUCACCCCUAAAAGUGCCCAGAAGAUAAAGCCGGUGCUUGAGCGGUGGAUGGCUGAGGCUGAGGCCCGCCAUCGAGCAGGGAUGCAGAACCUUACCGAGUUUAUUGGGAGCGAACCAUCCAAAAAGCGCAAGAGGCGUACCUCAUUCACGCCACAAGCCCUUGAAAUCUUGAAUGCCCACUUUGAGAAGAACACGCAUCCCUCUGGGCAAGAAAUGACAGAGAUUGCAGAGAAACUGAACUAUGACCGGGAAGUAGUUAGAGUUUGGUUCUGCAAUAAGAGGCAAGCACUGAAGAACACAAUUAAACGUUUGAAACAACACGAGCCUGCGACGGCAGUUCCUAUGGAGCCUUUAACAGACUCUCUGGAAGAAAACUCCUAAAAGCAAAACAAAACAAAGCCAAAUCAUACAGAACAAAAACCCACACCAACCUAAACGUGUCCAUUUGAACUCUGUGAAAAUACCUAUUCAUCACCCUUGUAAGUAAAAGACUGAGAAAACUACAAGAAGGACAGAACAGUUUAUAAAUGUCCGUGGGUUUUCCUAUUUAAAAAACAAAACAAAACAAAACAAAAAAUACACAACACUUAAGAGUGUGUGCAGUAGAAUUAGUUCCUAAAAAACCCUGAAAAAGCCAGUUUUUUUAAAUGGACUUAAAGUAAACCAAAUAACUGCGUAAUUUUUUUUUCUGUAUAUUAUGAAAGUAUGAACACAUUUUAAGGAAAAACAAAACAAACAACAACAACAACAACAACAAAAAGCGAAAAAAAGAAAAAAAAAACAAAAACUUUUAUCUGUUUAAAAGAGAAUACAAGCCUGCCACCUGGAGGAGUGAUUGUAGCCUUUCAGGUAUCAAGUGCUGAUUCACUAUGAAAACUAUUAACCAAAGUCAGAAACAUGGCAUUGCAAACUAGAUUGUUAGUCUACUCUUUUAUGAGUGUAAAAUUGUGUUACAGAUUUUUACAUUUGUAUUUUUCAAAGAAGAAUACAGGAUUAAUUUCUCUCAUCCUUGUUUGUACCCCCUGAAGGUGUGUACAAAGCCAUUCCGUAGAAGUCACUUCAUUUUCUUUUCUUUUAGUCAACAGUUUUGCAAUCUCCUAAUGUUUGGGUGCCAAAAAUAAUUACUUUUAAUUGUGAUAUGUGGGGUUUGC